GAGAGAGAGAGAGAGAGAGACUUGAAGGUCAAAGGGAGGAGGGAGAAAUUGCAGUGGCAGAAAGGGUCUCAGAGAAACCAACGGUCAUGUUUGGCUGAAUAACCCUCAAAGGUGAUCAGUCACCACUGUUGUGAAGAGAAAAAUAAAUCCUCAUCUCAUCAACUGCUGCAGGGAGAGGGAGGGUGACUUGCUUCAUUAUGAACUGUGCUGCUAUUUUGAUACUAACCACAAGUUGUUUCAGUUGGACGUCUGCUAUUUACCUCCCAAACAGACAAGUCUACAAGGAAGCUGUUUUAAUUCCCUCAGCAACAAAGAAACUGAAGUAUCUGCUUGAGCCUCCUGUUUAUGCCGAAGUAACCAGCCCUCGGGGAGGAAAUGCCACUUUGCCAUGUGUACUGCGAUUCAAACCAAGCCAUUACAAAGUGAAAUGGACAAAACUGGAACCACUUCGUCAUGGAAGCGAGAACAUUGUCAUGAUCACAAACGGUUCAGCCCACAAACCCUAUGGCCUGCUUGGGCCACGGGCCUCGCUUCGUAAGGCUCAUGCCAUGGAUGCCUCACUACGACUCAGCAACCUGGAACUAGAAGACGGUGGUAGAUAUCGCUGUGAGCUGAUCAACGGUAUCGAGGAUGAGAGUGUCAUCAUUACAUUGGGGAUAGAAGGGAUGGUGUUUCCAUAUCAGAGCAAAAACGGCCGCUACAAAUUCACCUACCAGGAAGCUAAGGAAGCCUGUGUUGAACAGGAUGGCACAUUGGCCACAUUCAAGCAGCUAUACAGAGCCUGGACAGAGGGUCUGGAUUGGUGCAACGCAGGAUGGCUCAUCGAUGGGACAGUCCACUACCCCAUCCUGCACCCACGAGCAGAAUGUGGGGGGGAGCUGCUGCCUGGAAUUCGCAGCUAUGGCCCCCGGGACAGGAUCCGGGACCACUUUGAUGCCUUCUGUUUCACCUCUAGAACCACAGGCUUUGUGUUCUUCGUUGGAGGGCCACUCACAUUUGGGGAGGCAGUGCAGGCGUGCAGGGGUGAGGGAGGAGAGUUAGCUCUGGUUGGACAGCUCUAUUCAGCCUGGCGUUUCCUGAGCUAUGACCACUGUAAUGGAGGUUGGUUGAAGGACGGCAGUGUGCGUUUCCCUAUCACCACCCCUAGAGAGCGCUGUGGCGGUAUUCCCGAGGCUGGGGUGCGCACCUUUGGGUACCCCAGCAAGACCCUGCGUCUCUAUGGUGCCUACUGCUACAGGUAGCUUACAUGAGACCCAUAGCUUGUGGAGCCUACAUCCACUGACUUCAUAGAUCCAAGACGCAGCCAUUGUGAAGACUACCAGUGUCCCCUACAGGUUUCAUUACGCUUUUCUGCAAUACUACAAUAUGUUAUUACAGGAAACCUCAAAGGUUUAACACCUUUUUUUCAUGGGACACAUCAAUAAAAGCCUGCCACUUUUUUGAGCUUUACUGCUACAGGUAACAACUGCUGUACAUGUUUCCCUGCGUUUGUGUAACCUUUGUUAUCCAAGAAGCACUAUUCUAAUGUAACAGGAAAGUUAUUACACAAUGACAAAUUCCUAAAAUGCUGCUAGCAUCUUAACUGAUGUAAGAGAAUGCGUGAAUAGCAGAAUGGGAGAAAGUAUAUGCAUUGACCAUAACUGUAAUACAAUAAAAGAUCUUGAAAGUGUAUUUGAUCAAUGGCAUUAAAAUAUAAUUCAAAUGCAACUAUAUUCACAUGGAUAAAUACAUUGUAAUCGUU